AUGGCAAUAGAUCUUUACUCCGAUAAUUCGGGUAGUGGAAGCCCUCGAAUAUCGUUUUCGUACGAUCUUUCCCAAUCCGAUACCGUUCCAGUUGAACAACUUUUACGUUCAUUUUCAUCUUCGUCGUCUAGUGUCGAUUUUAAUUUUUGUAUUCAUGAUAACAAUAAUGAUCAGUACCAACAUUCUUCUCCUUCUAUGGCAGAUGAACUUUUUUAUAAUGGAAAAAUCCUUCCUACACAAAUUAAACCAAAAACCGAUUUAAAUAAACGUUCGCCAACACAAUUAUUGGAAGCCGAAAAGCCACGAACACUUCCAGUAGUGGCACCACUAGAAGAAGUUGGCCAAGAAUUGAAACAAAAUAAUAAUAAAUCGUCGUUUUGGGGGUUUAAAAGAAGUAGUAGUUGUGGAAGCGGGUAUGCAAGAAGUUUAUGUCCUAUAACUUUGUUAUCUCGAAGUCAUUCGACGGGUUCUACGACGAGUACUAAAAGAUCAUCAUCGUCCUCGUCCUCUACGAGAGAAUUAAUAAAUCCGAAAAGAGGUUUCCAGAAAGGAACGGGUUCUCAAAAACCUCCUCUUAGGAAAUCAGGAUAUGGUCAUGGGAAUGGGAUUCGGGUUAACCCGGUUUUAAACCUCGGGUUCGGGUCAUUCUUUUCGGGUAGUAAUAAGAAUAAAAAUAAAAAAUGA